CAUGUGGUUGGUGAUUGCCCAGUCCUCCAAGUUGUUCAAAUCCCUCUGCAGGGCCUUUCUGCCCUCGAGUGUCGGCAGCUUCCCCCAGUUUCGUGUCAUUGUUGAACUUCCUUAGUAUUCCCUUGAGUCCUGUGUCCAAGUCAUUUAUGAAGACGCUGAAGAGCGCUGGCCCUAAGGUCUCUGUGGAACCCGCUUCUGACUGCUCACCAGCCCGACGUGACCCCAUUUACCAGAACCCCUUGAGCCCGGCCCGUCAGCCAGUCGCUCACCCACUGCACUGUGUGUUUGCCCAGCUGUGUGCGGGACAUCUUGUCCAGGAGGAGACUGUGAGAGACACUACCGGAGGAUUUACUGAAAUCCAAGACCACUGCCGGCGGUCCGAGCGCCUCCCGGUUCCGCGGCCUCGGUGCGCCGGAGGGGAGGGAGGCGGUGGCCGGGCCGUGCGAGCAGCCCCGGCGGCCGCUGCAGCGCACGCGCCGGGCGGGAAGGGGAAGAAGUCGUCCCCAGCGGACGCUUCCGGUGGGAGGUGCCCCGGGGACCUGUAGCUGGGGCGGACCCUUCCGGCGGCGGCGAGGAUGGCGGCGGAGAACCACUGCGACUUCCCGGUUCCCCCGAUCGACGGCCUGGGCCUGGGCGGCGCGGGCGGGCCCUGCCUCCGCUGCAGCUCCGCGCCGCCGCCCGGCGCCGUGCCCGGCAAGUGGGUCCGGCUGAACGUGGGGGGCACCUGUUUCCUGACCACUCGGCAGACGCUCUGCAGGGACCCCAAGUCCUUCCUGUUCCGCCUCUGCCAGGCCGAUCCCGACCUGGACUCGGACAAGGAUGAAACGGGUGCCUAUUUAAUAGACAGAGACCCAACCUACUUUGGGCCAGUGCUGAACUAUCUCAGACAUGGGAAACUGGUUAUUAACAAGGACCUAGCUGAGGAAGGUGUACUGGAAGAAGCCGAAUUCUACAAUAUCACAUCACUAAUAAAAUUGGUAAAGGACAAAAUAAGAGAAAGAGACAGCAAGAUCUCACAGGUGCCAGUCAAACACGUGUACAGGGUGCUGCAGUGCCAGGAAGAAGAACUCACUCAGAUGGUUUCCACAAUGUCUGAUGGCUGGAAAUUUGAACAGCUUGUCAGUAUAGGUUCCCAGUACAGCUGUGGCCGGGCCCAGCAGUCAGAGUAUCUGCUGAUAGUGUCACGGGAGGUGAGAGGGGAAGAGAGAUGCUGCCAGAAAUGCUGCAGUGAGCUGGUCAGUAUUGGUUCCUCCUAUAACUAUGGCAAUGAAGAUCAGGCUGAAUUUCUGUGUGUUGUCUCAAAGGAAUUGCAUAACACUCCCUAUGGCACAACCAGUGAACCCAGUGAAAAAGCAAAGAUUUUGCAAGAACGAGGUUCCAGGAUGUGAAGACAGUAUUGAACGGUGACACUUUUUUCUUUUAUUCCAAGACGCAGUGAAUUGUCACACUGAAGAGGCUCGGCUGUACAAGAAAAAAUCUGAUUUAGACAAUUUUCUGUUGAUCUGGGUUCAACCAUUUUUGCCUCUAAGCUGGUGUCAACUGGCUGAAAGUGUUGCAAGAUUAUGUAAUGAGAAUAGAUGGUGUGGGAGUGUGUUAAGCUUUGGUUGUAGUGCAUGGUUGUACUCCCUUGUGGGCUGACUGACACUGGUCAUUGGUCAUUUGAAAAGAAAUGACCGUGCACUCAUAUUUUCCUCCGAGACAUGUAGCACUUAAUAUCUGGUGCUGGAUGACCCAAUGUUGAUCAGUUCAGAGACAUUUUCCUACUAAUCAUUGUAAACAUUUAAAGGACAAUGUAAUUGGUGCUACACAGACACACACACACACAUUGCAGCCUACAAAUGCAAAUAUUUGGGCCUACGUUGUUUUCAGAACCAGUGGCAGCCCCAGCUGACUGUGUUAUACUGCACAUUCCUUAUGUCUCUGUGACAUGCUCUAUUAUGUAAUAACAGCCUAGGAGAUCAACUGAAACUAGCACGUAAAAAGUUACACAACAGACAAAAGGUUUCUCUAAAGGAAGGGUGUAUAUAUUGACUGGAUUUAUAGCAUAUUUUAAUACCCAAAGGGAAGACUAAGCUCAGAGAAAAUGGCCUUCAUCUGAGUUAUUCUCGAAGUUCCUUCUGUUGAAACAGUCUUCUCCUGCAAAAGUUAUGCUCCAGUCUUAGCCAGAUGUUUGGAAGGGGAAUCAAAAUUCACUUAAAAUGAACAACUGAACAUUCUGUUUCUUUUGAGAUGCUUGUACUCACAUGUGUGUUUGUGUUUUUAUAAAAUGCCUAUAAGCGUUGACCUCUGUGGAUUAUGGUAGAGAUUUCUCAAGAGCUGAAGGUUGCACAGAAAUACGGCUGGCUAGUCCUAGAUCCCCGCCUCUGUGACCAGGAUUAAAAUCAACCUUGUGUGAACACAAGCUCAUCCAAUUGCAAAACUUAAUUGCUUCAAACCUUCAGGAUACCUGUAAUCAAUCUUUCUCUUUCUAUACUGUUCCAUCUAUGCAGUUAAAGAACACUGUUUGAAAACAUCUGGUGCAGCUGCAUUAGUUUGUCCUUGAUGAAGGCUAAUACACGAGACUGGAGCUUUUUAAUACACUAUGUUUUGAGCAAAAUCUUUAGCAGAUCUUUAAAACACUUAAUGAGAUUGACUAUCAAACUUCAUUGACUUAGGAAAGCAGUGGAAGGGAGUUGCAAAAGGCUACGAGUUUGUUUUGAAUUCUAAAGACAUUACAGUUUUCAUUCUCAGUAACUUCAGAAUUUAUGGUUAUACUCUAGGUAAUCCUUUACACAAAAGCCUGAUUUUUCAAACACCCAGGGUCUACUCUUUUUAUUUUUAAGGACUUAUUAUACAUCGAUAAAAGUUUGGCAGAAACAAUUUGUAAACACCGUUUCUACUAAGCAGGUUCAGCAAUGGGCUAAAUGUUUUGUCCAUGUGUCUAAUGCUUGAAAGGGUUUGUAAUGCAUUUUGCAUCUUGGAUGUGGUCUGCACGAGGAAGCUGCUGGCCCCUCCACAACAACAAAUAAAACGUUUGUCAUUUUUUUAAGAUGUUAAAACGGAAUCGAAUUUACUAAAAAUGUAAUUGUGUAGGGGGAAAUGUUUAUACUUUUAUACUUUUUUAGGCACCCAUAUUUUAUCAGCUUAAAUUUAGCACCCAAAUUUCCCCUAAAUAGUAACAGAUGAUCUCGUGUAUCUGGAAAUAAGCGUAACAGUUGUCUGUGUUAACUGCAUAUUAAAACGUUUCCUCUGCUGCAGUAGUCACUGUGUUUUUGAACAGCAUGACUCCACCAGAUUCCCUGAGCUCCCCGGCUCAUGGAAUUGCAGCCAACGAUGUUUCUUCUUGUUUUCUUGCUGCGCUCUCAGAGUAAUUUGGCAUUGGCCUAAGUGGAUUUUAAUGCCUAAAGCAUCAGUUGUACAAUGAUGCUUCUCAAUCAGCGUUUCUGUUGUCUCUCUUGUUUAACCCCGGAAAAGACAGAAUAUUUUGUUUCAUAAAGUGAAAUUCUCCAGACUGGCAGCAGCAAAGCAUGAGUAACAAACUGAGCAAACUGAACAAAUUUAGAAUGUGUAAGAGUGUGCUUUUCUAAGUAGGUUUUUUUUUUUCCACUGGAGUAUUUUCCAUUUAAAAACACGCUUUUAUGGUGAGAUUACCUGCAGUCUAGUUUACAUGUAUCCCUGUUGUAGCAAAUUUGGGAAAAUGAGUGGUUAAUCAUUUUGCACUUGUUUCCAAUACCUCACAAAGAUUUUUAAGAAAAACAAAUAGGCAGGUACCUUGUAAAUUAUUUUAAAUAUGCUGUUGUUUGAGUCCACCUGAACUACCUACUUCCUGUUCUUGCUAGUGCCGUUAUUGCUUUAAUCAGAUGGAUGGAAGUGCUACCGUGUGCCGUUUUCAAGGCAUUAAGAAUUGAUCCCUAAGUAAGUUUGGCUUCUUUUUAUUUGACUCUUGUAAUUUCAAAUAAAAAUAGCUACCGUAACAAGGUAGUUGCAUUAAAGUCCAGUUUGCAUCAUGAGGUUUUGCAAACUUUGCUUGGUCUCUUGAGAUCUUGCAGGCUGAGGUAAUGUACCAAGGUAGUGUAAACCGGAGCCCUUUGUCCCUUUUUUGGCAUCUGUAUUUACCUCAAGAGAACUGCCCGUGACUGUGCAGGGCAGAUGGGUUCACUGGGGCCUGUGGUUGAAGAGCUGUGCUGCAAAAGCCUUUGACGUGGAUGUGGAUUUGCACAGCUGCUCCAUUCUUAAAACAGUGUUCCAGGUUAGAAUUUCAGAUCCUGAGCCCGAAGAGACCUUGGCAGAUGGAAAUAAAGCAGGAAGGGGGAGAUUGCAAAACAUAGCAGUUAAUCAAGGAGACCUCUCACGAAAAUGUAAAUUCUGUGAAAGAUUUAACUUCCUACCCUUUUGCUAUAUGAAUAUUCAGAGAAGUUGUUUGUCAUGUUGUCCGUGGAACAGGAUGUUACUGCAGCAGGUGAUUAGUGGAUUUUCAGGUAAAUUCUUUAAUGGCUUUUGCAUGACAAACUUCUUGCAAAACUUGUUUAAAAACGGAGAAGUUCAAAUUGACUAGAGCAACUUCUUCCUUUGAGUUAGGAGUCAGUGUACUGUUGGCCUUAAGCUUUGUCAGAGGCUAAUUUUCUGUAUCAGAGGUGACAUUUUUAUAUUAAAUGCUUUUGACUUGUUCAGGUGGCAGUUAAAUUGGAGUUUAUCUGCAAUGAACAAGUCAUUCUGAGGCCUCUAAGAUGUGAAAUGAAAGACAAAAGGCUACCUGGAAUUUUCUCCCAUUAACUGUGGAGUCUCCAUGGAUUAUGGCCAAGAACAGUUUGUCAUCCCACAAUAAUUCAUGUGUCAAAGGCCUGAUUGUAUUUAGAAGCUUUAUAUUGAUUCUCUACUAAACUUCCAGUCCCCGGAAUCAUAUCCUCAGCAUAUUUGGAAAAUGUACUGUGUUUUUUUUCAAACUCAGCUGGGUUUCUUGUAAUGAUAAAAGUUCCUUCCAGCUUUCGUUUUAGCAUUAGUAACAGAUAUUUCUUAAGAAAUUGAGCUUGAUGUAUCCAUCCGACUUUUUUUGUCUUCAGAUUUUCUUCAGACAGUAGCUGUGUAGCUCCAUUUCUAGCAACGCGAAUGCACAGUUGUGAUUGAUUAGGAACAGAACUGUUUCCUGAAGACACCAAAGCUGACUCAAUCUCCUUUUUCUCUGAGAAUUGUUUUUCUUUCAGGAGGAAAAAGAGAACUCGUGGCAGGUUAAACAAAAGAUUAGUUUGCGGACAUGCUUGGGGAACGGGGCUGUUGAGUAGGAUGAUGGUGUUUCCAGAAAACUGCUGCUCAGAACAGAACGUUGUAUUCUGUGAGCAUCUGUUGAGGUUGUUGAGAGCUGUCGGUCUCUUUGAGCAAUAGGAAGUGACCACUAGUAAAUUAACACACACUCAAUAGAUACCAGUAUUUUUAUUAGUAUUACAAAAAUGAAUUUGGGAUGCAAAAAUGCAAUAGUAUCUGAUUGAAUGAAAAGACCUAGAAACUAGAUUGUAAUAUGUAUUGUCUAGUCACUCAGGUAUACUGGAGUAUAUUCCUUGAGAAGUACUGAGGAAAAACGUGACCACUGGGCUUUUCAUGGAGAUCAAAGUCAAAUGAAAGAGUCUGGAGAUGAGGCCUGGGAUUUUGUUCACUUGAGAUGUGAUAAAAUCAGAAAGUGCCAUUCUCCCGGUUUAUUCUCUUUCUCACCACAUCAGAAGCUUCUUUCAAGUUUUUCAAAUUAACUUCUUCAAUCAGCUCCAAAAGGUGGGGCCCUUAGAAAGAUACAAGAUUUUAUUAUUAACAGUACCCGUUAGCUUAGGGCAGUAGGAUUAAAGCUUCCAGUGGGCAUUGGAGAAGUGUCUUUUCUGACACAACAAUUUUGAAAUACAUACAGUCUGAGGAUGCUGCCUGGUACUUCAUUGUAGUUUCAACUGCAGUUAUGUCCAGCUUUAAGGACAGUCUCAGGAUCUUACCUGGAUUUGUGUGUCGAAUUGUUGAUUCUUAGAAGGGUAUAAAUAUUCAGGUGUUGGGGGUUUGUUUGUUUUUUAGGGUUUUUUAAGUGGAAGGCUCUCUGAGCUCAGUGUCAUAUAACUUUUCUUUCUUUUGGCUCACAACAAUCAGGAGCUGUCUUUAAAGGCUUCUUAGGGAACUGAGGUUUUAAAGGGCUAAAUAGACCUUAUUGUUCAGUUUGCCUAAAUGAGUGUCAGACAGAAGGAACUCUUUCCAUUUUCACUGCAGAAAUGCUAAGGGCUAAGAUCCUUUCCAGGGCUAAUUUGAAAUUCUGGAGACAUGUAACACUGAAGAAGCAGCUCGUCUGUUUUUCUUUCAACUCACAGACUCUCAAACAAUUUUUACGAAUGGCUGAACCAAUUGCAGAUACGAGUGUUCAUAUAUGGCUUGGGAUUUCAGUAUCCAGCUUGGUGAGGAAUGCACUAGAGAAGACAGUGUAUUUCCCACCACUUUAUUAUUGCCUGUGCUGAAAUGUAAAACCUUUUCUGAACAGCACUGGCAAUAGAGAGACUUUGAGGAAGAUUCUGACGCAAGAAAUUGUCGCUGGAUAUUUCAUUGCAAUUUGGCUGUCCUUCACUUUAGGAAGGUCUGUCGAGGCAUAAACGUCUCGAAGUUCAGUGAAUAGACACUGCUGCAAACAGCUUUCUUGGCCCAUCAAGGGCUUCUCUUUGGGAUGUUGUGGGUUAAUAACUCCUAUAACGAGAGAGUUUUUAAACAGUUCUUUUGCUGCUUUGGGGGUGUGUGGAAGGGGAGGAGGUUCUGUGGCAGUGCUCUCCUUAGAAAGCUAAGCCUAAAUUUUGAUCUGACUUAGCACCUGUUGAGACUUCCAGGCCUGGUCAUCUGAAAUGUAAGAGUUAAUGUAUUUAUGUACAUGAUUCCUGCUCUUUUUGAAGAUUUUUUUUUUCAGAAGCUUAUGCACAACUUUACUCAAACUUAACUUGGCUCAUGCACUUGCCAGGACGAGACAAGUGCCACGGCACGGUAGGACAGACAUUGCCAACCUGUCUACCUGGAACUUAAACAAGAUGACCAAGCCGAAGGAGUAUCAAGUGGCAACUAUCUCCACCUGCUCCUGUCCGAGCCUCGUCCGAGCCUGGCUGCAAAACAUCCAAUUUCUGUGGACUCUGUAGGCCCACCUACCCAAUUCGACAGGUGUUUGUUCCUUUUCCCCAAAAUCCCUGGUCUCAAAAUUAGUUGUGCAUCAGCUUUUUGUGUUAAUAUCCAAGUGGCCAUACUUGCAACAUGUUAUUUCCUGGAUAGUGGAUUAGCAAUAACACUUUAUUUUGUGCCAAUUCAUUAUCUCUGAAGUGUUCUUACUGCAGCGAAGUUUGAGUUUUGAUCUAGUUUUAAUGCUUUUGCAUUAGUCAAAACUCAGCACAGACAAGAAACUGAAUCCAUGGAAUUUCCCUGGAUGAAAAUCUGCUAGGGCUUCCCAAAUCAUUUGAAGAUGGUUACAGGUAACCGUCCUUUUUAAAACAAAUAUACAAUUAAAAGUGUGUGGGUAUUUUUUUAACCUCCUUUUCAUAACACUAGCGUAUUGUAAACUGCAUGAAAUAAACCUGUUUUUUUCCCUUUUAAA